CACUGGUCGCUCCAAUUGCUUCAAGAAUGUUUCUCAAUGUCACUCAAACGCGUUGGUGGCAAGUCUGACGGCGGCAUCGACUUACUUGGCUGCUGGUGGUUACCCCUCUCCGAACCACAGUCUUCUCAAUCCACCCCAAUCACCCUUCCUCAUAGACGCAUCCACGUUCUCGCACAAUGCAAAGCGGAAAAGAGAAAUUCUCGCCAAAUUAUGUUCGGGAGACGGAAGGUGUAUGGAAUAUGCACACUACCACUCAGGCCCCCUCCUCCACACGUGUCUGAACUGGGUACAGUGGCAUUGCUCCUCUCAGAGUCAAAAUUCACCACUGUGACCCUCACCCGUGCACUUGGUUCCAACUUCCAACGUCCCCUUUCUCCUUAUGCACCUCCCACCUCUACCGGUGUCCCCAGAUCCACGCGUUGAAACCCCCCUCGGAGAAGUCGGCUCCGCUUUCUGGAACUCCGCUCUAGGUGGUGCGCAAGGUCUUCUUCGCGGGGACCUUGAUGUUCGCUGGGAACGUGACCCGGGAGGGGGCGGCCUGGGUUAUGGUGUCGUGACAAAAGG